AUGGAUAUCAGCCCAGAACCGCUAGACUUCAAAACGGUCAAGACGACCCUGCCAACGCGGCCCCUGCCGCCACACGCCUUACGACAGCCCGUCGUCACCGAGCGGCUCAUCCUGAGGCCCGUCUCCGCGGACGACCUGCAGGCCCUGCACACGCUGCGGACGCAGCCAGAGGUGAUGAGGUUCUCGGCGGUCGGGCGCGUGGACGCGGACGUGGACGAGACGCGGGCGCGGCUGGCGCAGAACCUGCCGCCCCACGACGCCGACAACUACGACGUCUCCAUCUGCCUGCGGGCGACGGGCCGGUGGAUCGGCAUCGGCGGCUGCAAGAAGCCCAGCGGCGGCGAGCUGGGCUGGCCCGAGAUCGGGUACAUGCUGCAGAAGGACUACUGGGGCAGCGGGUACGCGACCGAGUUCGUGCAGGCCUUCCUCGGCGCCUGGUGGUCGCUUCCCCGCUCCGAGUGCGAGAUCGCGGUCGAGAGGGCCUCCGUGGAAGGCGAGAAGGCCGUCUCGGGGCGGGCGGGGGAGAGGGAGGGAGGCGUCGAGGAGAUACUCACGGCUGUGACGGCGACGGAUAACCCCGCCAGCCAGAAGAUUCUCACGAAGUUGGGGUUUGAAAAGUUUAAGGUGUGGAAGGAGGUAGACGAGGAGAAGCAGACGGCGAUCGUCCUCAUCGGAUAUGGCAUCAGGCGGCCCAGGCAAUAG